AUGCCGCCCGAAGAACAACAGUGUUAUCGGAUCAUCAAAGCCGGCCUCCCCAAUGAGGGGUCCGCCUCCGAUGCUAACACAGCCUCGCCGAAUACCGCGCGGGAUCGCAAAAGACGGCGGCCAUACGUUUCAAAAGCGUGUGAUUCCUGCCGGCUAAGGAAGAGUGCUUGCGAUGGCAUUCAGCCUGACUGUUCGACAUGCUUGCGUCGGGGCAUCAGGUGCAACUACAACCGUGUCUCUCAAGCUAUCCUAGAUGCUUUACCUUCUGGCAGCAAGAUAGUAGAGGAAGCAGCAGCGUCUCGGAACGAAGAAGAUCUUGAGCUGCUUAGUCUUUUGAGGGAUUCUUCCGACGAACAGGCACUGGAAGCCCUGCGUGGCUUCAAAGAAGGUAAGGAGUCUGGGGAAAUCACUUCUUCACUUCGCAGUAUGCCAAGUGUUGGACUAGGACUGUCCCAGAUUGCUCUGAAUAGGGCAAUCAUACCACCUACUCGGUCUUCUUUGGAGUUCGAGUUGAUGGUGCGACAUCCCGUUGCGUACCCCGCUUGGGCGCCGGUUGAAGCUUCCAAACUAGACUUGGAUUACCUUCUUCUUCCAAGUAAGAUUCUUUGGAACAGAACUAACCCUAUCGUAACCUCGGACCUACCGGGCCUGUCGGCCUCCUACCCAUCAUCUGAAUCCAGCUUAGCAAAGGAAGAUUCAACGGGCUACGGCCUUGUAGGCCCUACAAAUCCCCCAUCGGUUUAUGAUGAGAGAUUACUGGAGCUCGAUAAUUCCAAGUGGACGAGCUUACCCGUGACUAAGGAGUUUGCUGUCACUGUGUUGUCUCUUUACCUCGAGGCCGAUCACCCGAUGAUGCCUCUUUUUGAUAUUGAUGUGUUCCUUGACGGUCUGUUGGGUAAAAACCCUUUCUGCUCCAGGCUCCUAGUCAACGGCCUUUUCAGCUGGGCAUGUCAGGGAUACGCUGCGUUUAAACCAGAGGCGACGAUUCUGGGAUAUGCCUUUUUCGAGGACGCGAAGCGGUUGUGGAGAAAAGAACAAAUGACCGGAGCUGACAAUAUCUGUACAUUGGCCGGAUUGCAAUACGUAGCCAUAACAGCCAUCUCCCUCGGCGCUGGGGCAGAAUAUGUAGAAUGCCUUGACGAAGUAAUCGCGAUGGCCAAAAGACUUCACCUUUUUAACGUUGACCCGGUUGAGGUCCCCGCGGUUGACAUGCAGGAUGAAGUCUCGCAACGAGCCGCAGCGCAGAUCGCCUGGGCGCUCUUUAACACACUGACACUUCUCUCCACGCACAUCCAUACCCGUUUGAUCAAAUACCCACCUCGCUUGCCCGUACCAGAAGGAAGGAUAUUUAGCAAAGGAAACUCCAAACUUUCCAAAAAGGAUAAGCGCCGGCAGUAUCUCGGGGUUCUCCUCAAAGAAAACAGCAACUUCUAUCUUAUAGUCCAUGAUAUGAUACAGCUCAUGUACAGUUCAAAUCAAACGCCCUAUGCAAAAGCAUAUACCCUUGUUUUUGCCGACAAUACCUACAAGCGGCUCUUGAAAUGGGCAGACAGCCUACCUCUCGAACUAGCACAAGGGCGGAAGAGUACACACCACACUGUGUUCAUGCAUAUUUGCUAUCAUCUGGCCAUCCUAGACCUGUUCCGCCCACUUAUUCGACAACACGACGCGGGUGGGACCCGUAUACCCUCCUUCAGCUCAAAGGACGCAAGCCCUGAAGCAGCGUACUCAGCAUCCGUCAACCAACUGAAGCGAAUCGUGCUCUUCUACCGCCAGACAUACCCAGAGUCUUCCUUCUCCUUCUUCUGGCACUCUGCUCUUCUUUACUUGGCCAACGCUAUGCUGAGAGAAGCCAGCGGCGUAACGCCGAGCCCGGAGUGGAGGUUUUACUUUCAGCUGUGCAUAGCAAGCUACCAAACUCUGUACAGCAGCUAUCGUUUGGCAAAGGGUAUAACACAUAGUCUGUUGUCCAUGGCGCUUGAGAGAGGUGCCAUAGAUCAUCAGGAGGCGAAUUUGGUCAAGAAGGACUUGGAGGAGAGAGGGCGGCACCACGAAAUUUCGGACCGGGUUCCAGAGUCCUACGUGGUGGACUUGGAUCUGGCAGUGACAGAUCCUUCAGCUGCACAGGCCGAGAGGCUGGUUCAGAAAUUCCAUGGCCUGUUAAUUGAUGAAACUGAAGAAGAUGAUGGAGCUUCUUUAGAGUUUGAACACGAGGAGGAGUAA